UCAGGAAAGGAAGGUCAGUAAAAGAACAUCAGGGCUUGAGGUGCAACGAUCAUCCACUGCUUCUGUGUCACCAGAUUUUGAGGAUGAAACUGACACUGGCAAGGCGAUGCAGACACGCAGCAGUGGAAGUAAUAGGGUGUCAUUUCAGGACGGGGGCGAUACAGACCUAAAAGUGAUUUCUACCGAGGAUAAGGAAGAUGACAUUCGGAAGGUCACAACAGAGAGUAGCAGCUUCCCUUCAGAUCGCAAAAGCAAGAAACAGUCUAUGCUGCCUGAUAAACUGCGGGCUAAGGAUUCAGCAGCAGCAGAACCCUCGAAUGGCAGUACCAGUGGCGAAGAGGGUCAGUCUGCACAUCACUCCUCCCAAGAGGUUGUUGCUGUAAAUCAUCAAAGUGGAGAUGAAAGUGUUGCCAACCAGGAACCAGCAGAAGGGAAGCAGAAGAGGCGUUCUGGUCUAUCACAUCGGAGCUCAAAAUCGGAAGACAGGAGACAAUCUGGAACCACGAAAUCAGGGAGCAGGAUGGGAGAGCAGGGUGGUGACUCACAAAAUAGCAAUAUCGAGAGCCUAGAGGGGAUGCAAAUGAGUGCCAAAGGGGAUGCUGCAGGGAAGAGUCCCGAAGUAUAUAAAGAAACUCUAAGUGGAAAGGAGGCACCCUACACGUUCAAUAGCUGGAAGGAGGUUUGGCCCUUAGUGAAUCCAGAAUCGCCAUCGUUCAUUUCACUCCCGGGAAGUGAUGGUCCGGAGCCUUUCUUGGUGCUAUCUGUCGAGGUGAGCAAUCAUGUAUUGCUUCUUCUUUCCUUUUGUCUCUUGAAAUGCAGCCAUAUGUCUGCAGCUCUUCUCAGGUUCCAUGUUCCGUGAAGGUAAAAAUGUGGACAAAAAACAGGACGCUAGACACAGUCACAUAUUUGAUAAAAGAUGCGUAGGCUU